AUGGAUUCAACUUCGGCAACACCCAACUUGGAUUCUCUGCCGGAAGAAACUCCGGUUGAAUCUCCGUCGGAUGAAGUUUCCGAUCAUGUUAAUGAGCUUCCUUCGGCAUUCGCUUCUGUGCCUCCUCGUCCUUCAAUUCAAGCUCCUUCUCAAAAGUAUGCACCUUUGGAUUGGUCUGACUAUUUCGACCGUGAGGAUGAUGUUCACAUCCCUGGUUCCAACGAUGUGUUUCAUGUAUACCAGGCAGGAACAGAAGGACCAGUUGUUUUUUGUUUACAUGGAGGAGGUUAUUCUGGGCUUUCAUUUGCUUUAUCCGCGAGUAUUCUUAAGGAGAAAGCUCGUGUUGUUGCUAUGGACUUCCGUGGUCAUGGGAAAUCAGCCACAGAAAACGAACUAGAUCUAUCUGUUGAGACUCUGUGCAAUGACGUGGUAGCCGUUUUAAAGACAAUGUACGGUGAUUCUCCUCCUGCGAUUGUGCUUGUUGGCCACAGUAUGGGAGGCUCCGUUGCAGUUCAUGUUGCAGCAAGGAAAGUGCUACCUAGCUUGGCUGGGCUAAUUGUGGUGGAUGUUGUAGAGGGAACAGCGAUGGCUUCAUUGGUUCAUAUGCAGAAAAUUCUUGCAAACAGGAUGCAGCAUUUCCCUACUGUUGAAAAAGCGAUUGAAUGGAGUGUCAGAGGAGGCUCUUUGAGGAAUAUUGAUUCUGCCCGUGUGUCCAUCCCUAGCACUCUAGCUUAUGAUGAUUCAAAAAAAUGUUACACCCACAGAGCAAAACUGGAGGAAACGGAACAAUAUUGGAGAGGCUGGUAUGAAGGCCUCUCAGAAAAAUUUUUGUCGUGCCCUGUACCUAAGCUCUUGCUUCUGGCUGGAACAGAUAGGCUUGACAGAACUCUCACGAUAGGUCAAAUGCAAGGCAAGUUCCAGAUGGUGGUUGUAAGGCAUACAGGACAUGCUAUACAGGAGGAUGUGCCCGACGAAUUUGCUAGUCUGAUUCUAAAUUUCAUUUCCCGAAACCGUAUAGGCCCUCGUGGAAUUGAGGUUAGUGUUCUUAAACUCUUGUGCACGCACUUUGAUUAUUACGCUGUUAUGGUUGCCUUGCUUUCUUUGGAGAAUUUGGUUUGA